AUGGAGCCUGAAACUGCGCUGAACGCGUGUUUUGUGGGUUUUGAUGGAGGGGUUCAGCAGGUGACCGGCGAGGACACGGCGGUCAUCUUAUCCGUCACUUUUGCAUCGAUCUGCGCGGUAGGAAUAAUAGGAAAUAUUUUGGUUUUUGUUGUACUGAUACACAAUGUAAUGGUUAAGAAAAGUGCUUCUGGGAUGGCCGUGAUGCUCGCUAACCUUAGCGGAACAGACUUCUUGAUCCUUGCAGUGUGCAGUUCGACGCGGGCAGUCACUUAUCACAAUCGGACAUGGACACUUGGACAUUUCGCCUGCAGGACAGCCGAGUGGUUGCAGCAUGGUUGUUUGGCAGCAAAAUCUAUGACUCUCGUAGUCAUAAGCCGAGAGCGAUAUCAUAUUGACUGUGAUGCUCACCUCAAACUAAAAAGAGUUCUUAUUUCUGCUGGCUGUAUAUGGCUUCUUGGGUUUGCGCUACCUGUCCUCCAGAUCGUAUUUUCAAAGUUGCAGGUGAAAGGGAGUUUCAGUCUGUGUGUCACCGAGCUACCGAACCAGUCCUGUGACUUCAUGCGCGUGUAUAGUAAAAUCUACGCUCUGGUGGUCUACGUCCUCCCGGUCAUCUUUUCCGCCGCGUGUCAUGUGCGUGCCAUCUUUCGAAUCACACGUGGCCACGGCGCGCGAUCGGAGUGCAGGACUGAAAGCCGUCUUGCGUUGCUUAGCGUCACUGCAGCUAACGCGCUUCUGCUGCUACCCGAAUGGACAAUAUUUUUGUGGCUGCGACACCGUCCCCAUGACACCCGCCAGCCCACAGUUGCGCUGCUUGUCCUAGCACAGGUGUGCACCUACCUGGCCAGCGCAUCAUCUCCCGCCAUCCUUCUCAGCAUGAUGCCUCUCAGAGAGAACCUGGCAUGGCUACUGUGUCGAGGAGAAUCGUGGGAAGGGGAAAGGGAGCGGAGAGAGAUGGCUGUUGGGGCGCUGGACGAUAACAUGAUACACACUGAUGCGCUCGGGAGACCUUUGCCUGAUGUCAAGCAUUUUUGGACCAGUCGGCGGAACACCGCAAUUGUAGACAACACCAACCCUUUUCCCUGGGAAGAACUAGAACACUGCCAUGCUCAAUUCUGA